CCCGGGAGCCCCAAAAUCGCCCGAAACCGCCCCAAAAUAUCCCUGAAACCCCCCCCCCCCCCCGACCCUUCCCUACCCCACCCCGGGGCCCUCCCCUACCCCACCCCGGAAUCCCCUCCAAAACGCCCCCCAAAAUCCCCCGAAAUCCCGCCCGAAAUAUCCCCAAAACGCACCCGAGACCCCCCUAACCAACCCCGGGAGCCCCAAAAUCCUUCGAAACCUCCCCAAAUCCCCCGAAACUCCCCCCGAGACCCUCCCCUAACCCACCCCGGGACCUCCCCAAAAAACCCCCAAACUCACCCCAAGAAUACCCCGCCCAAAAUAAUCUCCCCCAAAUCCCCCUAAACUCCCUAAAAAUAACCCCAAAACUCACCCGAGACCCCCCCCCCAAAAUAACACCAAAAAUCCCCCCCGAACACCUCCCGGGACCCCCCAAAAUAACCCCAAAAAUCUCCCCGGGGACCCCUCAAACCAUCCCGAAAUUCCCCCAGAAUUCCCCCAAAAAUCCCUCCGGAGCCCUCCUGAGCUCCCCGAAAAUCGCCCCGAGACCGCCCCAAAAACAACCCCAAAAAUCCCCCUGAGACCCCUCCAAAAUAACCCCGAGACCCCCCCAAAAUCCCCCCAAAAAUCGGCCCCGGGACCCCCCCCCCCAAAAUCCCCCCCCAAAUCCCCCAAAAUCGGCCCCGGGACCCCCCCAAAAAUCCUCCUCGGACCCCCCCCAAAUCUCCUGAGCCCCUCUUGACCCCCUGAACCCCCAAAUCCCCCCAAAUUUCUCGUUUCCCCCUCCCCCCCCAAUGCUCCUCCUGUCCCGGGGGUCCCCCCGGGCCUUGCACGGCUCGGGGGGGGCCCUGGGGGGGCUCGGCCGGGACCCCCCCAAAAACGGGGACCCCCCCAAAAACGGGGACCCCCCCAAAAGCAGCCGAGACCCCCCCCAAAAUCAGGUAUCUGGGUGGGGCCGGGGGCGCCCGGUGCCCGUGGGGAGAGCGAGACGGGCGGCGAACAUGGCCGGUCUGGCUCUGGAUUUGGGUCUGGGGGCUUUGGCUGAGGCCGCCCGGACGCGGCUGCGGGGGCAGGAACGGCGCCAGGUUCCCGCCUGGGCUCUCUCUGAGGGCAGCGCUCAGCGUUUGGUGGCCGUGCUCAGCCGGGCCCGGGGGGCGGCGCUCAAGGUGGGGCAGCUGCUCAGCAUGGCAGACUCGGAGCUGCUGCCCCCGCAGCUGCAGCGGAUCCUGGCCCGGCUGAGGCAGAGUGCGGAGCCCAUGCCAGGCUGGCAGAGCCGGGCCGUCCUGGAUGCAGAACUGGGCCGGGGCUGGCGGGAGCAGCUCCAGGAGUUCCAGGAGGUUCCUGUGGCCGCCGCCUCCCUGGGCCAGGUGCACCGGGGGCGGCUCCGCAGCGGCGCCGACGUCGCCAUCAAGGUCCAGUACCCGGGCGUCGCCCUCAGCAUCGGCAGCGACGUCGAAAAUCUCCUGACCCUGCUGAGCCUCAGCCCGGGGCUGCCUAAAGGGCUCUUUGCGGCCCCGGCGCUGCGGGCGCUGCAGCGGGAGCUGGAGCUCGAGUGCGACUACGAGAGGGAGGCCGAGAGCGCCCGAAAAUUCCGGUCCCUGCUGGGCUCCGAUCGCUUUUUCCGCGUUCCCGCCGUGGUUCCCGCGCUCAGCGCGCGCCGCGUGCUCUGCACCGAGUGGGGGAGGGGCGAGCCCCUGGAGCGCUGCCGGAGCCUCCCCCAGGAGCGGCGGGACCGGAUCUGCACAGAGCUGCUCCGCCUGUUCCAGGAGCUUUUCCAGUUCCGUUUCAUGCAAACCGAUCCCAACUGGGCCAAUUUCCUUUACGACAGCGACAGCCACCAAGUGACGCUGUUGGAUUUCGGGGCCUGCCGGAGCUUCGAGAAGGAAUUCACGGAUCUCUACAUAGAG